GCUGGAGAGAAAGUACCCUGCAGGCUAGUUUGAUGCUGGGGUUUUCUGCCACAACUCUUAUGUGGUGACAUCCAGCACUGCUUGUCUUCUUCACGCGGAUCUGACUCCGGGAACUUGUGGAAGACAGAACAGCAUUAAAACGGGCUGCAUGCUGCAGAAACAGGAGAAGUAAAGAGCAAAGGAAAAAGAAGAACCUGGUGAGAGGGCAAGAAUUUAGAUAAUUGAGAAAGCUUAAGCAAGUAUUAGCACCUCAAAUUAGUCAAGAUGGCAACCAUGGAAGCACUGGAAUCCUCAAGUGCCAUGCUGGAGCCUCAGACCCUGACUGAAGUCUCCGAUGAUGAGCUCAAUCUGCCAGCUUCUGAUGAAGAAGAUAAUGCCCUUGCUGCCGCCAAGAUAGACCUGCAUGCCAUGGGCUCAGAGGAAGAGACGAACGAAAACAAGGAUGAGGCACAAGCCUCAGACACGCAAGUAAACGGCGUGAUGGUUCUGUCUUUGCUUGACAAGAUCAUCGGCGCAGUGGACAAGAUCCAGCAGACCCAGAGCGGGCUGGAGACCAGACAGCAGGAGAUGGAGCGCACGGUGACCAGCAUCCAAGGAGAGCUGACCAAGCUGAGCAAGAACCACAGUACCACCUCCAACAGCGUCAAUAAGAUGAUGGAGAAGGUGCGCAAGGUCAGCGUCAAUGUCAAGACCGUCCGAGCCACGCUGGAGAAGCAAGGCGGCCAGAUAAAGAAGCUGGAGAACAACGAGGCAGAGCUGCUGAAGAGGCGCAACUUUAAAGUCAUGGUGUACCAGGAUGAUGUGAAAGUGCCCUCAAAACUCAGCAUCUCCAAGUCUUUGAAAGUUUCUGAGUCUGUGUCAGGAAGCAGAGGAGGCAGUCUUCUGGAGCUCAAAGAGGCUGUGGAGGAACCUGGAGAAGCAGUGGAGGGCGACAAGGAGGACAAACCCCAUGUAGACCUUUCCUCAGAUGAAGAGGGAGUGGAAAUUGAAGACGCCAUCGAGGAGACCCGAGCUGAACGCAUCAAGCGCACCAGUCUGCAGCGGGUGCAAAACCUGAAGACUGUCUUCUCCAAGGACAAGAUGGAUAAGACCAGAGCAAAGACCAAAGAGAACCUGGAGAAGACCAGACAAAAGACCAAGGAAAACAUUGAAAAGACAAAGCAGAAGACAAAGGAGAAUCUGGAGAAAACCAGACAAAAGACCAAGGAAAACAUUGAGAAGACAAAGCAGAAAACAAAGGAGAAUCUGGAGAAGACACGUCACAACAUCGAAAAGAAGAUGGGUAAACUUGGAACGCGCAUGAGUGUGAACCCUGAGCGAAAACAGAAGAUUAAAACAUCUGGUGACAAGAUGAAGAAGGCCUUCACACCGGACCACGUUGUUUACGCCCGCUCUAAGACCGCCGUCUAUAAGGUGCCCCCUUUCACCUUCCACGUGAAGAAGAUCCGUGAGGGUGAAGUGGAAGUGGUCCAAGGAACCGAGAUGGUGGAGGUGUCCAGGGAAGUAGAGCCAAUAGGUGGGGAGGAUGUGGAAGUAGACAACACUGAGGUGGACGUUGAGAUGGAGAUGGUGAAUGGAGGCGAGGAUGAAGAAGAGCAUGAUGAGGAUGAAGAAGAAGAGAGCCAUAAUGCCUUACAUGAGGAUGAUGAUGACGAUAAAGACAGCGACUAAAUAUAGCGCAAAGAAACCUUCAUCCAUUCAGACCAAUUCUUUGUAUCUACAUUGAGAUUUAGGCUUGAUUUGGAUUAAAAAGAAUAUUCAACAAUAACUGGGACAGUGAUGAUAUGUUGGUCCUAUUUUCACAGGUUUGGCCACCAUUUCUACUAAUGACAGAUGGUUUAUAGAGUCUUCUGAAAACACAGAUUUAGCACUAACGGUUUGGAUGUGUCCAUCACACAUUUACUUUAGUCUGAUAUUCUAACACUCACAAACACCUAAAAACUGAUAAGAUACAACUAACAUUCAACUCCUCAGUUUGGACAUAAGUAGCUACAUGUGUUUGUGUCACCAGCUUACACCAAUAAUAGAGUAGAAAUGAUGGCCAAAACCAAACACAAGCAGAACAUCAGUCGACCUGGAGAUCAUUUUAUAUGCUUUAACUUCUUUCAUCCAUUGACCAGAAAAACUAGAAUUAGAAUUUUGUUAAAGCUGACAUACAUAGCUUCCAUAAAUAUUUUUUUGAUCAGUAUGUUGUGAAAAUAUAACAUGAGACCUCCUGUCUGUGGUCUAAAUGUAAUCUGCAGAAAUGCACCUUUACUGAUCAGAAACAACCAAUUAGAGCCAGAAGGAGGGCAUAGAACUGUCGAGUAACAUCAUGUAUGCACUGCUCAAUGUGCAGAAACAACUGACCAUUACUGAAAAGCUGUUUAUCUGACAUCAUUGGUGGCUAUGCUAACGAACCUGAGCAUUAACAAUGGGCUCUGGUGUGAGGAGCCAUCUGUAGCCUGGCAGAGAGUAGGAGGAAGGGUGUGAGCAGCACAUAGACAAGCAUGGUUGACCGCACAGAGACCCGCCUCCUGACUCUGAUUAGUUGUUCCUGACAAUGCAGUGUAUUUUUGCAGAUGGCAGUAGAACUGCAGGGAGGAGACAGAAGAGCUUGAUUUUUUUUUCUCACAGAUUUUUUAUUUUAUGUUACACUGUCACAACAUAAUGAAGGUUUUAACAAAUAUGUGAAAAACUUUUUUUCUAGUUAUUUUGAAUAAGAAUAAAUAAAAAAGAGGGAAGAAGACACAUGUUUUGUUUAUAAUGAGGAGUAUCAUCAUGAGGUUGGGAGAGAGCACCAAAAAUAUACAAUGAGAUUGGUGUAAAAAAUAAAUAAAUAAAAAAAAUAAGAUGGAAAAAUAAGAUGGAAAGAAAAGAGGUAAUUUCUCUUGUGUUUCACAAGAGAAACACAAAUAUAAACUCUUAUCUAUAAUGAAAUCACAAAACAUUUUUCUGACGUUUCCUUCGCUGUUAAUCUUUUUAAAUCAUGAGUUAAAUAUUAUCUUCUUCUGAUUAAUCUAUCUGUUUAUAGGCACAGUGCUUUCUGCUGUCACUUCUACCUUUUGCAGAACUCUUGUUUUUGUUAAACUGUUUUCCAUAGUAUUUUCCAUCUUAUUGUUAUUUUCCUCUCAUACCUUCUUUAUACUGGCAGACUUGCUCAUACACAUUGUGUUUUUUUCAUAUACUUUACUGUCAAAUUAUACAUAUAUAUCUGACCAUAUUACUGUAAUUUCCCAUAAAAAGGACAAAUUUUGCCUUCGUUUUUUUCUCUAUGAAUUCACACACACGCACGCACACACACCAGAGCGGAACCAGAACAACACCUUAUGCUGGUAACAGGCUGCUUUGAAGCUAAACCUAUUAUGCCUUUGUGUAAGACUGACCCCUAGUGUUGAUCAUUUUAAUUUGACUACUUUCUGCUCCAAAAUAAAUUGAAUCAGAAAUGUUGACCAUUUUGUGUUCAGAGGAUCUUAAUGCAGGGUUUCCCAAGUCCAGUCCUGGGGGCUCCUGUCCUGCAUGUCUCUCCCUAACAUUCUGGACCAGAUGUAACGUCCCCUCAGCAGUCUUUCAGCUCCGAGGGGCCCUGCUACUGAGGACAGGAUUCAGGCACCCCUGCACUCCAGCAAUGUACAUAAAAACUGUGUUCUUAUUUUUGGCAGCAAAGGAGUAGGCUAUGGGAGGGGGUCAUAAGUUAUGAAACAUAUUUUUCAUAACAUUAAUUUUAAACAAGACUUCUGCUUCCAAAAGUAACUGAGAUCAUAGCUUCCAGGUUAGAUUUAGCACUAUUUUACUUGAGCUAUGUCUCCUGCCGUCUUGUGUAUAUAAUGUGACACGUUAUCUGAGCAGAUGAUUAUUAACUUCAACAGUACUUCUCGCUGUUCAUCACAUGCGCUUGUUCUGAACUUUGUAGUCAUGCUGAACUGUUGUUUUUGCACAGUGCAUCAUAUGGAAGCUACCAUAAUUAUUAUUAAACACAGUGACCUUCCCUGUUUUAAUAUCCAACUUCUAGGAUGGAGCCGAUCCAGUUUUCUGCUUUUGCUUUAUCUGUAUGUGAUUCCUGACUGACAACACGGCUUAACCACUAAUGAUCUAAUAAAACCCAAACUGAGUCACA